UCAAAGUCGUCUACGCUCAGAAGAUGUGCUGUGCUGCUUUAUAAUAAUAAUAAUAAAAAAAAAUCUUGUGCAAAUUUUAUCUGCAAAUUUUAUCUAUCAAAGACAGAGAGAGAGAGAUAGAGUCGGGGUCCAAUGGGCGAAGAAGGAGAAAAACAAACUGUACCUCCUCCUCCUCCUUCCGCGGCCGCUGAAGAAACUAGGGCUCCGGAACUACAAUCCGAUCCUCCAACUCCAUUCGAUCCCAGUCGAAUGAUUGGUAUUAUUAAGAGGAAGGGGUUGAUCAAAGAGCUGGCAGCGGUGUACCACGCUCAGUGCCUUUUUUAUUGUCAGCAACUUUUGGAUCUACAGAAAAAUUGCCAAGAGCCAUUUGUUGAAUUAAGAGCUGCUACUGCUGCUGAUGAUUCAAGAAAAGAAACAAUGAGGCCCCCCAAACGCCUCAAGAAGUCCCGCUGAUAAAAUCAUACUGUUUUGUUUUAAUAGAUCAACAUUCUCUUGCUUGUUUUGUCUUUUGAUAUAUUACUCUAGGUUGGAAAGGUCACUGUCACUUUGUUUUCACCAAAAUCAUGUUCUCCACUUAUUCAGUGUAGCUCCUGCUUGCAAUGCCCUGUGUCCUCUGCCUGCUCGUCCACCAUCUUGUAGAAUUGAAAAAAAAAAAAAAAACUCUUGUGGCUUCAUUGUCUCUUCAAGUUUCACCUAUUUUCAAUGUUUCGAUUAUUUCCUAAUUAUCUUUUAGCUGCAUCACUCUAGCUUGUCUGCCUAAAAACUGGGUUCUUGCACUUGUUACUGAGAUCCAACCAUCUCAUACUACAAGUCUAUAUGCUACUGCAAUUGGUGCUAUGCUGUACAUACAACUUUUUCAGUUUAACCGGCACCACUUUGGGUUCAGUCAAUCACAAGUGAGGCACAUGUAUCUUUAUAACCUGUACUGUUUAGAGGGAAAAUAGUGUAAAUCUUUAACAAAUGUUUUUCUUGCUGUGAUCAAUAUGUUGUUAUUGUCAUCAUAAUGCCCAACAAAUACAUUGGCUCUGAUAUAUCCAUUACUCAGGACAAGAAUGGUGCUAUGCUAGCCCAGCAUCUUUGAUAGUUUUGGUGCUGUAACCUUUUCUUAUUUUGUGGGUCUUAUGAAUGAUUAGUUACGUAAUGGUAGAGCAGUGUUAUUGUUGACUGAUUUGUGGUUCCAAUCCGUGCUUGGACUGGUGUACUUUGAUGCGAAUUUGCAAACUCAGACUUGGUGUAAGUAAGGCUUGUGUUGGUCACAGUUUUCUUGCCAUGCUAUUUCUGGCUAUUCGUCAGUGGCAAUGCAAGGAAACUGGAGGGCCAAUUCUAUACAUAUGAGAAUCGUUCGGGCA